GCAGAAGAGCAAACAAAGAGGCGACGGUGAAACAGGAAGGCGACGCUGCGGAAUGCGCACAGCGACAUGGCCUGGUGUGGCCUGAUUGGCGGACGAGAUCUGGCAAGCCUCAGCCAAACCGCGGGCAACGUCAUUAUCUCGACAUCUAACAGCUAACCCAAGGCGGCCACUGCCAAUGAGCGGCUGAGAAUGGCCGGCAUGGGCCCUGCUCUGGCGAAGAACAGGGGUGAGAUAUAACUAUUCAACGGACCACAGAGUCGGGCGCCACACCAGGACCGGGUCUGAUGCCGGAGUGCCCACCCCAUCCUAGUCCUCAUCGUUAUUCCCAGGCCAUGCCGUCCAACCAACCAGCCCCUGGCGCCGAGCGCAAAAAAUUCUCCUUUGGAAAGCCAACCGGCGUGAGGGUAGCUCUGAAGAUGGGUUUUUGGGAGUCGGAUGGGCAGACUCGCAGCGAAGCAUUGCAGAAUGUUGUAGAAAUUCGGAUUCUUGUUGCCCCCAUCUCGCUGCAGGACAAUUGCACGGCACCAGAGAGAGAUGAAAUGAAAGAGGACCCGGCACAGCGUACAUAUUGGCUAGUAUGCACGGAGCCUGCAGUGCAAGGCUGCAAGCAAGAAAAAUACCUUGGAACGCCUCUUCACACCCCUAGUCGCCUCCUUCAAUGCCAUUCGGCAGGCCUUCAGCCAACAAGGGCAGAGAUUUGGUGCAAAAUUUGCAAAUUUUAUCUGUCGGCCAAGAUCCACGCCAGCCGAAUCCUUUUGCGAGUACGAAGAGCAAAGUAAUAGCUACUAGGUAG